AUGAGAUUGGUUUAAUUAUUGCAGGCAAUUUUUGCUGCUGUGUUUCUCUUCUACACAACUCUAGUUAAAUCAAUUGUCAGUUCUGCUGAUGAUGAAGAUUUCUACACUGAAUGGAAGAAUAUGAAGAACGCUUGUUAGCCAUAAAAUAGAAAGACAGCUCUAGGUUUAAUUAAGAGUGUAGAAUUCAGAUAUGAUGAUUUAAUGAACAAAUUUUAAGGUAAUGUCAAUAAAUUCUGCGAUGAUUUCAUGGAGAGUGAAGGAGAAGACUAAUGGAAUGGCAAAAGUGAAAGUGAUGGUGAAACUAAUCUUGGAAGUGAUAAAAAACCUAAGAAAACCUAUAUUAAAUCUAAAAUGAUGAUUGAAUGA